GUCGAGGUUCACCAUGCUGCCUCCAAACCGUCACCAUGUUCACCACAAACAGUGAAUCAAACCCAGCAUGGACGAGGUCGUGUUUGUGAUGCUCCUGUUCACAGGUUUCCUCGUCGCCUCCUCUUCCUUUGCAAACGUUUACUACUUUAUCAGAGAGAACAGGACUUGGCAUGAAGCACUGGAGCACUGCAUCUUGAAUUACACCGAUAUGGCCCAAAUAAAAAGCGGAAACAACGUCACCGAGAUGAUGCACACUCCAACGUGGGGGUACAGAGACAAGGCCUGGAUAGGACUGUUUGAGAACAGGUCAGAGUGGACCUGGGUGGACGGAAAACCAGCGACAUACACCAACUGGAUGUCUGCUCAGUCAGAUAAAGACAGCGCUGAGUUGUGUGCGACCAUAAAUGUGAACGGAUCCUGGACCAAAGUCAGCUGCUCCCUCAAGAGAAAAUAUGUUUGUGAUCUCGACGGAUCGUACCAUGGUGGUACAGUAAAGCUGACUUGGAGUGACGCCGAAGCCAAAUGUAAAACAGACGGCGGGGUUUUGGCCGUUAUCAGCAAUGACACGGUUAAUUCCAAAGUCCUCAAUUACGUGUCACGUGACCUUAAGGAAACGGCGUGGAUUGGCCUCAGUAGACCUACAGUCUGGAUCUGGUCAGCACCUGGAGGAGAUAACACGUUCACAAACUGGAAAGAUGGGCAACCCAACAACUCAAGCGAAGAAAACCGCUGUGCAGCCGUGGCGUUGAGAGACGGAACCUGGACCGCUGAGCGGUGCAACGCCGCGUACCCGUUCCUCUGCUACGGAG